AUGAGCAUACUCGGACUACAAUUAUUCACAAUAUACGUUCAUGACUUGGACGAGGAAAUCAAGAAUGCUGUUCACUUGGUAUCAUUGAUUAUUAUCCACCCACACGUUGCGAGGGGAAACUGCAGCAGCUUAUUUACCUGUUAUCUUUGUGCAUUUCAGGAGGUGCCUCUGCGGAACAGUUCCAGCCCUCCCAACAGCACAGGCAGUACCGUGGAGAGUGAACCUUGGGACAUUCCAUUGUCUGUCCCUAGCACCAAUAAAGGCAGAAAGACUUUCAGCGGUUUCAAAAAGGCCAAGCCAUACUCAUUUCUGAAACACCACAAAUCCGGCAGCUUCAUGCUGCCCCCGUUCAACCGCAGGAAGCCCGACAAGGUGAAAAGGAGGCGUGAGAUGAGGGCAAAGGAUGACCACCUAAAGCUAGAAGAACCACAGAUUGAAGAGGUCAGCAAGCAGGAGCCACCUGACCCCAUCGCAGAAACCAGUGUAUUGUCUCCUGUCCAUGGAGCAGAGGAUGCGACAACAGCUUCUAUUUUCCUGAAGCAUCUCUCCCAGGAACCCCUUGUCCAGCAGUCCCUCAUUCAGCAGCCCCUCACUCCAGACCCCCUCACUCCAGAUGCCCGCGUUCAGCAGCCGCUCACUGUGGAGGCCCGCGUUCAGCAGCCGCUCACUGUGGAGGCCCGCGUUCAGCAGCCGCUCACUGUGGAGGCCCGCGUUCAGCAGCCCCUCACUGUGGAGGCCCGCUUUCGCAGCCCCUCACUGUGGAGGCCCGCGUUCAGCAGCCCCUCACUGUGGAGUCCCGCGUUCAGCAGCCCCUCACUGUGGAGUCCCGCGUUCAGCAGCCCCUCACUGUGGAGGUCCGCGUUCAGCAGCCCCUCACUCGGGAGCCCCGCGUUCAGCAGCCCCUCACUCGGGAGCCCCGCGUUCAGCAGCCCCUCACUCGGGAGCCCCGCGUUCAGCAGCCCCUCACUCGGGCCCCGCGUUCAGCAGCCCCUCACUCUGGAGCCCCGCGUUCAGCAGCCCCUCACUGUGGAGCCCCGCGUUCAGCAGUCCCUCACUCCGGAGACCCGCGUUCAGCAGCCCCUCACUCCGGAGCCCCUCACUCCGGAGACCCGCGUUCAGCAGCCCCUCACUCCGGAGACCCACGUUCAGCAGUCCCUCACUCCGGAGACCCGCGUUCAGCAGUCCCUCACUCCGGAGACCCGCGUUCAGCAGUCCCUCACUCCGGAGGCCCGCGUUCAGCAGUCCCUCACUCCGGAGGCCCACGUUCAGCAGCCCCUCACUGUGGAGGCCCGCGUUCAGCAGCCCCUCACUGUGGAGGCCCGCGUUCAGCAGCCCCUCACUGUGGAGCCUCUGGUUCAGCAGCCCCUUGUUCCACAGCCCCUCACAGAAUCUCCAUGCACAGGCCAGGACAGUUCUUCUAUGCCAGCUACUGCAGCAAAUGUGAUGAAUGAGACGAUAAAAUGUGAGAAAGUAGAACGACAGAGGACUGUAUUCCGUCAAGGAAAGCAGGUUGUGUUCAGAGACGUGGACACAACUGGGAAUGAUGAAGAUAUCAUGGUGGAUUCUGAUGAUGAUUCCUGGGACUUGGUGACAUGUUACUGCAUGAAGCCGUUUGCUGGUAGGCCAAUGAUUGAAUGCAACGAGUGUGGCACCUGGAUCCACCUGUCCUGUGCCAAAAUCCGCAAGUCCAAUGUCCCAGAAGUGUACGUCUGCCAAAGGUGUCGAGAUUCCAAAUACGAUAUUCGCCGAUCAAACCGAUCUCGAAUCAGCUGCAGGAAGCACUUCCUCGACUGAGGUGUCCAAGUCUUUCUAUUUUUAUUGGUUUUGUUUUGUUUCAGGGAGAGAGAGGGAGGAGAAUAUUGAAUUGGCAUUAAGGGAAGUUGGAAAUAUUAAAAAAAAUGCAUUUUAAAACAAAAUAAUUUGAUGCACUUAUUUGGAGAGUUGCAUCUGUUUCCACAGGAAUUGACUGCUUUUUGACUCUGUCUCUCCUUUCACCCUUACUACUUCCAGGAAUAACCCAAGAAAUGAAUACAAAUUAAGCCAAUCUUUCUGAUAUCACACCCUGAAUAAAUAAGUGCAAGGGAGACUGGAGGCAUGGGGUUGAUUUGCACGAGGAGGGGAAUGAACUUCCUGACUGCUAUAAACUAUAUUUUCCUUCCCCUUUCACCAUUCCCUUCACUCUUACCUCUCACCCCUUGCAUUUAAAAAGCCUUAAUCCACCAAGGUCUCCAUGAUGAAAGUGAUAGCCAUCGCCCCCAUUUUUGGUGCAAUCCCUAAAAUGUUUGCUGCUAAAGGAGCUGCAACAGAUAAACAGGGCCUGUGCAAUAGUUAAAGGCUUCAAGCAUUAAUGUUUUCAAAAGAAAUGGGAAGGGAAUAAUAGAUAAUCAAUACCUAAUGGCCUGCCAUUUAUUAAAGUGUAAUAAAAUCAGAUAGUGUAGGAAAUACACAAUGAUUCUGUCAAUUUGAGAGUUGAUUAAAGUAGGUUCUGACCAAGGGGAUGCACCUUAAAUCUGUCUUCUCUCUUUACAGGUUACAACUGACUUGCUGUGCUAUAUCUAAUAUUUUCUGAUUUUGUUUUCACUUUCCGGCACUUUCACUUUUAACAUAACAAUAUUUACUUUGGUUGAAAUGCCUGUUUGCUCCCUCCACACUUUCUUUAAACAGCAGUCGAAACCCAAACAAGUCUGGCUGUUCUGACAGUAUGCUGGUUGACAAAGAGUUAAAAUCCAGCAGGAGGUGUAUGAUAAUAAUCUGGGUUAAUCCAUCAGGUUUGACUGGUGCUGUUAAAAGGUUUAGAAUAGACAACCAAUUUUGGAUUAUUUUUGGAGAAUAUUUGUCUUAAGGAGGCCUUUACAAUUUUUAUGCCUGCAAUUCAGUAUUUAGAACAAAACUUGGUACUUCCGUGAGGAGGAAAGGUAUCCUUAAGUGUCAGGACUGUGGCUUUUAAAUGAACAGUUGAUUAACUCUCAUCCUCUUCUAUAUAUUGAAAGAAUUGUUUUAUGGGUUGCAAGGAGAGGAGAUGACAAACUCAACAUUUUGUCAACUCUUAAAAGCUCUGGAUAGAAAUGUCUGUUAAAAAGACAGCAACAUAGCCUCUCUCUUGUUGGGGGGAGGAGAGCAAGAAUGUCCUAUCAGUAACUUUUAAGUCUUUUUGGUCCUUACUUGGCACCAUAGGCAGUAAGUUCAUUACAGUAAUCUGUGAACCUGAAUUGAAGAGUUGGGUGAAAAGGGCGAGAGAGAGAUCACAUUGUCCUCUCUUGUCCAUCUCUGUACCUCACAGUACAUGAAGACACUGUAGAACAUGACCAUGGUUCCCAAGAUGUUGCCUCAGUCAUUCAAACAGGCACUCGUGUGGUGUUUAAAUGUUCAGUGGUGAUGCGGCUUCAUUUGGAAAAGCUCUGUGGGUCAUCUGAAUGACUGACUUGAUUGGUAAUUUGGCAUUUAAAUGAAUACAGACACUACUGUUUUGAGUGUUGUAAAUCUAGAGUCUUCAUCAUUUGACCCUUUCCAUUAAAGGAAGGGGUAGGGGAGAUGAGGAGGUUUCCAUCUGGUUCAACCUUCCAUCGUUGUAUACUGUAAAAUAUUGUUUGUGUAUUUUUACUCCCAAAUGUCUUAUCCUACAAAAAACCGCCAAGUUGUGCCUCCUCGACUUGCUAUUUCCAGUGAGAGGAAAGAACACAGAAUUGACUUCAUUGAUAUUAUUACAGCCAAUCAAAGUGCACAAGUGUUUCUGCCUCUCAUUGUAGGUUGGGGAGGGGAGGUGAUUGUACACAAUCAGCAACUUUCCAUUCCUGUCCUUUAACUCUAUCCCAAUGGUCAAGUUACCUCAAACCAAACAUAUGUUAUCUUUCUCCCCUUUCCUGUAAUAAUCGGCUGUAGGAGGGUGUAGGCCAUAGACAUAGUGAGCACUUAGAUGCCUGACAAUCAACCAGCAUCCCUAUCACCACCAUUGUACAUGAGGAGUUAAUUCACAUCUUCACCCAGACUCCAAUAUUAGAAGUGUCACCUUGUUAUUGAGGAAUAAUGUUUCCUAACUAUUUCCCUUCUACCAAAGGUGGUCUCCCUUUUGUUGUUAGAGAUAAUGCUUUAAAUUUUCCUCUCUCUAUAUAGAGGGAGGAGUCAAGAGAGAAAGACAGAGAUGGUGGGUUGAGAAGGUAGUUCUUGUAGAGCAGCCACUCCUUCAGAUUUGGUAGUAGGGUUCUGAUCAGAAUGCAGCAAGGAUUCUCACUCGUGAUUGCUAUACUGUGUUCCCGCUGGGAAUAUGUGAACAUGAGCAAGGGCAGAAUCUAGCUCAGUUUGCUAAUCACCAUGAAUUAGCUGGAUAACACAUACUUUUCACACAUAUACACAUGCGUGAAAAACAGCUGUACAGCCAGCAAGUGGAGAGUCUGGAUCUUUACAAUCCUCCAAUUAGAGGAGGGGAAAAUCUUGAGCCAUCAUCAGUCAGUGUAAACCCCACAAAGGCCCUAGAUAUCUACAUAUUAAAAAUAAUUAAUUCAUGCUCAACACUCUCCCCUCCAUUUUCUUUUGAGGAAUAUCUGUCUCCUUUACACCCAUAAGAGGGAACAACCUCUCUACAUUUACCUGUCAAGCCCCCUAAGAAUCUUGUAUGUUUAAAUAAGGUCUUCUCUCAUUCUUCUAAACUCCAUUGAGUAAAGGCCCAACUGACUCAACCUUUCUGCCUAAGAAAAUCCCUCCAUACCCAGGAUAAACCUAGUGAACCCUCUAUGGACUGCCUCCAAUGCAAUAUAUCUUUUCUUAGAUAAGGGGAAAUUGAUGAAAAUUAGGGUGUUUUUUUUAACAAAGCAGCAUUGUUAUUAUUUCAAACAGCAGUGUUGCUCUUGCUCCUGAUGAGAAUGCCGACAUGAGAUUUUCAUGGAUAUGUAACAAGUCUCUGACUUUGAAAGUGUGUGCCAGGAGUAUUGGACUGUCUCCUUGGAAGAAUUGUUAAAGUGGAACAAAGAAAACCUUGUUUCUGUGAAACUUUGUACGUGUAUAUCGGAAGUUAUUUUGUAAAUAAAAAUUUAACUAUUGGUAUUUUAAA